AUGCACAAUUGUCAGUCAAAUGGUAGGCCUGACAAAGAAUAUCAGAAUUGGCGUUGGAAACCUGCACAAUGUGACCUUCCUCGGUUUGAUGCUAAGAGGUUUUUGGAAUUGAUGAGAGGAAAGACUUUGGCUUUUAUUGGCGAUUCGGUGGCUCGCAAUCAAAUGGAAUCCCUCUUGUGCAUUCUUUGGCAGGUUGAAGUCCCAGAAAAGCGUGGGAACCAGAACAUGGAGCGUUAUUACUUCAGAUCAACGUCAACCAUGAUUGUCCGGAUAUGGUCUACCUGGCUUGUGCAUCAAACAUCUGAACCAUUUGAUUUUGCUCCUGCUGGGGUAGACAAGAUCUUCCUCGACUCUCCUGAUGAGCGAUUAAUGGAACAUAUUCCAACCUUUGAUGUAAUCAUCCUCUCCUCUGGGCAUUGGUUUACAAAGCAGUCUGUAUAUAUCCUUAACAACGAGAUUGUUGGAGGGCAACGGUGGUGGCCUGACAAGACCAAAGAAAUGAAGAUCAACAACACUGAAGCUUUUGGGAUUUCAGUUGAGACUAUUAUGACUGCGAUGGUUCAGCAUUCGAAUUACUCUGGGGUAACAAUCUUGCGUUCUUAUUCACCUGAUCACUAUGAGGGAGGAGCUUGGAAUACAGGAGGAUCAUGCACAGGAAAAGAAAAGCCUCUUCUUGACAGUGAACUAGUCGAAAAUGUGUUCACUAACCUAAUGCAUGAGAAACAGCUGACAGGAAUCUACAAAGGGAUCAGAAAGCAGACAAACAAAUCGAAAGUGAUACUAAUGGAUACCACAAAAGUAUUCAGCUAUCGGCAUGAUGGGCAUCCUGGUCCAUAUCGGAACCCUGAUCCAAACAAAAUCGUGAAACGAGGUCCAGAUGGUAAGCCUCCACCCCAGGACUGCUUGCACUGGUGCAUGCCAGGUCCAGUUGAUGUAUGGAAUGAAAUGGUAUUGGAGAUCAUAAGAAGAGAAUUUGAGUCCAGAUUGAAAGGUCCUUCCUGA